AUGGCGAGCGAUGCGAACGUGCGCGCGUCCGAGAACGAGGCGCCGAAGACGAACGAGAUGACGAGCAACAAGAGCUCACUCCGAGCGAAGUACGAGGCGCUGUCGGAAUCGAGGAACAAGUACAAGGAGGAGGCGGAGGAAGCGAAGCGGACCAUUAUGGCUCUGGAAAGACGCGUGGUGGACCUCGAGGCAGAGCUUUCCUCUCCGACGAACCAAAGAAAUCUCGCGGUCGAUCUCGCUGAGGUCAAGGGUGAGCUCGAAGCCGCGAACGCUGCGCUGCUGAAGGAGAAGAACCGAGCCGCGAAGAGCGAAGGAAGGGCAGAAAGAGUGGCAAAGCUAGAACGGGAUAAAUUGGAACUUUUGCGCAGUGUCGACGCUUUGAUGCGAACGCGAACGACGGAUCGACUCAUGUACGUCACCAUCGGUGCACUCGUGGGUGCGGGUACGGCAUUGUCGAUGUACACGUUUUACCUCAAGUCGCACCGCGCCUAG